AUGCGAGUAUUAAUAGAAGACUACUUGUGUGAUUUUCUCUGUAAAGUCAUUGAGGCUAAAACUAUGAGCAUAUUAGAAGGAGUAGAACGGAGAGAAAAGGAGGGUGAACGGUGGAAACAGUUAAGCGGAGGGGGAAGAGCAUUUCUCCGGCCUAGUUUUAUAUCACUGCUUUAUGUUGGAUUAGCCUUGAUUGCUCCUUUGUUACCUUCAAUUACAAGUCGAGUACCUGCGGCUACUAAAACAUACUUGUUCGUAACCUUUGCCGUCUCGCUGCUUGCUUCACUACUACAGUUAAUAUAUCAGGUGUAUGCCGUAACUUCACAUAAUUUUGACAAAGUUGACUUUUGUGACAGGUCUGACUAUCGCUACUGGAUGAACCAGCUCGGAUUGAUAAGAUUUCUUUUCAGGAUCAGAACGGAUCUUGGUUUCCGUGCCACACGUGUUAUUUUUCCAGAAAUCCUUUCCUUUCUUUUUUCCUUGCUUGCCCUGGUCGUCUGCGUUGGCAUGAAAGAACGUAGAAUUGAGUUCUCACCUCGUCCCAACAUAGUUUCUGUGCGCGAUGCCUCCAGGUCGUCCUUGUCAGCAGUUAGAAUCACAUCUAUUGCAAACGGCCUUAUCUUGGGUCUUAGAAGAGCUUCAGAUGUUGUGGUGGUUUUUAUGGUUCUGAUUGCCGGGGUUAUAUCCACCUCUCCUUUCGCUUUUGGUAUUUACAUCUUAUUUUUCAGGUUGAUUGGUUUUUCACCCUUAUUAACCGUUAACUGUUCGUCUUGGUGGGAUCUGGAAAUUAACAAAAUGAAUCCCUGGACCCACUUUGCUAAUUUUGUUCUAGUUCUUUUCGUUUAUUAUCUUGUCAUCACACAAUUUUGUUGGACAAGAUUUGGAGUACUUCAUAAGUCGCUGCAACCAACUAGUGGGAGUAGCAGUGUUCAUGAGGAUAAUUUCACCAACACAGAACCAGUUGAGAGCAAUCCUGUUAUUAAACGUGAGGUCCAUGAUGUUGACGAGUCUGGUUCGCAAACGUUUGCUUUACAGCUGCUUGCUGAGAGUGAUGAAGGUGGAGCCAGAGAACAAAUGGAGUUACAAAGAAUGCGGUCAUCGACUCUUUACCGUCAACAAGUCUCGUGCAUAUUUAAAGGGGUCGACGGGAGGGAAACAUUGACUUCUCAGGGGCUCAUCACUGUCCUUUCUUUCAUUUUGUACCAUAGUUAUGUUUUUGCCCUUCUUGCCAUGAUGGUAAGUUUUGCUAAAAUGAGUCAAUUAUGGUCUUUGUGGUACCAUUCAGUUUUUGGGCUUAUAUUUUUACUGGCAGCUUGUUUUUUGUGGGUUUUCAAAGAUACUCGUUCUGCUGCUAUGACGGUUUCUGCAGUCAUUUUAGCUUAUGGAGAAUUUUUAUUUCAGUUUCUUCUUACUGCACAGUACGUAUGCAGUAUGGAUAUUGCUGAUAAAUUACCAAGUGCAGAUCUGAUCAAUUGGAUUGGCUUCAUAAAAGCUACCAACAGAGAAGACGCAUUUUUUGUUCUGCUUGUCAAAUGUUUAUUGUGUCUUCCUCUUUUUAUCCUUUAUCGACAUCAUUGUCGUGAGAAGUACUACGAAAACUUGAAUGUGCGAGAAAGGGCGAGAUGGCUAUCCUAUGGAACAUUUGCGUCUGGAGCAAGUGUUAAUGCUAACGCUGCUGGACAGCCAGAUUCUUUGGAUGAAUCACGUGGAGCUCAAGCAGUAUCUCUUCUGACGGAAAUAUUGACGAAGUAUUGGAUAUUUGUGGUUCAUAUAGUAAUUUUGUGGACUUCUUUGCAGAAUCCGCCUGUUCUUUUUACCGUUGGAUAUUUUCUUAUUUUUUCGCUCAGCAUCUUAUUGUUUCUGGUAAAAAACUUUUUUUUUGGUAGUUACAGUACGUUGUUCACUCGUCUGUUAGCACCACUCUCAUUUUAUGUCGUCGCCAUGCUGCAGUUGAAGUUCUUUCAUGGUCCAUGGAGUCGCUUGGUCGCAACUCCUACUGUACAAGUUAACGAAGCAAACGUACUGUCGGAGGAUCCAGAAAGACUUAUGAGUGGCUCUGUUUCAUCUCAUCCUUCUCUUUGGCAUGUUGAAGUUGACGGCUAUGAAGAAAAGCCAUUGGUGUUGGACAAGCAUUACCAUGCAAGAAUGGCUGGUCGAAACAUCGCUUGGCUAGACAGCAAAACAUGUUAUGAGAAGGCCAAAGAAUGUUGGGAUUGGAUUGUCGAUGCAUUAUGGAGACUUGCGGAAACUCAUUUCAUUAAAUUAGUUUUAUUAAUCCUCACAGUUAUAGCUGUUAAUGAUAUAUGCGCUCUGAAUUUGGUUCUUAUUUUAUUCGUUAGUCUAGCAUCGUGCCUUCCAGUUCUUGCCAAAUUGCUGUCAUUGUUAUUAUGUGUGUUUUUGUCGGUUUUCUCGGUGGCGCGUAUGUUAUAUCAGCUGAGAAGAGUGUCUAAUGCUACGUAUGCCGGACUCGAUUUUGGAAAGGCUGAUUGUAAUAUAAGCUAUCCAAUGUUUGAUAAUUCUACCAUCAAGUGGCUUGGGUUUAAAACAGUUCCAGAUAUAUGGUCUUAUGUUCUCCAUUUGGUCUUAGCAAUAAUAUUCAUCGCGGCUCAUUUUGUAAUAGUGUAUCGGCAACGGCAUAUGCGCAGGCUUCGAGGCGAACAAAAUUCCUCACGUGGUCUGAUAUUUCCGGAAGCUCAACCCAGUAUCAUUGACCAUAAUGGUCCUUGUCGCUUGGGGGCGAAUGGAUUUACUUGGUUCAUUGCUUUUGGUGUGGCUCAUUAUUUUCUGCGUUUUCUCAAGGAAAAUUACCCUUGGAGCAGUUGGCUGAGUACAACGAGAGAAGAUGAUUUAGUAAGCCAAAAUGAUAAUUUAGUGGCGUUCCUUGAUUUAGGAAGUUAUACACUCCCGUUGAAAACAGCUAAUCUGAUUGGAGAUUUUUUCCUGCUAGUCGCUGUAGCAUGCCAAGAAUACGUUUUUCGAAUAGAAGGUUGUAAAAACCCUCCGCCUGCAGCUGGAGAUAAUGUCUCCGUUUACAAAAAUGGCGUUUAUAUCUUCUCGUCAGAAAAUCCUUACUACGAUUUUGUUAUUGCCGUCUUUAUGUAUGGCCAUUGGGCUACAGUUAUAAUGGUUUUUAUUGCGGGCCUAGGAGGUGUUUCACUCUUCGCUCUUGGCUAUAUUCUCUUGGCUUUCAUGAUUUUAUGGAAAGGCACCACACUUUAUACAAUGAAAAAUUACAGACGGACUCUUUUGCUUUGGAAGACUAUUUUGUUAUACAAUGUUAUUGUAAUGUUUUUCAAGGUGGCGUUGCAGCUCGUUGGAUGCGUUUUCGUUGACAAGUUACUCAGUUGGUGUUCAAUUCGUCAACUGUUCAGUAUUGUUUGCGUUAGCACAAUGUCUGGGCAUGGCAACUCUUACUACUUUCCGCAGCAAGAUGACUUUGACAAGAACUGCCCUGUUCAAAAGAGUGAAACUCAAAUUGGUUUUGAUACGCUUGCGUUUUUGUUUUUGGUUAUGCAGUUGAGAAUUCUCCAUUCGUAUUAUUUCCAACAUUGUAUGUUAGAUUUUCGAGCGGAGGCGGUUCUAAUAAAUCGAGGCGCAAUUUUGACAAAUCAGCUUAUCCGAAAGGAGAUGAAAGAGCAGAAUGAGCAACAGCAGCAGAAGUUUAUUGAAAUCCGAGAUAGAACGGAAAAAAUAAGAAAAACUUAUGAGGAACAAGAACGACGAGCACAAGUCUUAAAGAAACUAAAUUCUACCGAUGGAAUAUAUAUCACUAAAAUCCUCACAGCCUCAGUUUCUUCUCUUUUGCUUUGCUUUGCAAAUGGGAAGGAUGUUUGCUUAAGUAUCGCACAAAGAAGUGAAGAGUCUUUGGUGGAUCUCGGCGAUCCUUUUCCUGAAUAUGGUCUUCGUUUUAUGGACAUCGAUGCAAAGCGAGCUGGUGACUAUUAUAUGUUUGAUUAUGAUCCAAAUACGGAUGUCCCGACCGAAUAUGUUGAGUCGUAUGCGCCAGAAGUCACUCCAGGUGCUACGGACAGCACAAAGUUAGACCCCGCUCAAUUGCUCCACACUGCCAUUCAGAGGGACUUAGCCAUUGCACAAACGUUAAGUGCUGUAAAGGAGGCAGAACAAAUUGAGGAUGAGAACAAACGUAUGAUUGAAGCAGUUUCAAGCGGUUCAGAACAUCCUGGAACUUCCACUCAAGUUGAGGAUACUGCGGAUGGUGGAGAAGAAACUAGCCAAGGCCUCGGUGAGAAAAUUUUGGUGGGCUUGCGAUUCGUGCGCAAGCUGUUUCAUUCAUUUUUGAAUUGGGUAGCAACGUUUCUAAACCGCCGUUCUCGCGACCACCGUUAUGUAGCGUUUGUCCUUAGCAAAGAGAAAGCGAAUCUGAAGCGAGAAUUACGUGAAAUGUUGGUCGACACAUCGCAACCUGUAAUAAGCGUAAGGCAGCAGUUCGAAACGAGUAAUUUAGCUUGUGUGAAUAGUGAAAGUGAUAUUUCGAGGUUAGAGAAAGAUGCGCUUGACAACUGGCAGCAAAAGAACGUCUAUUCGCGAUUCGUAAUAGCUGUUGCUUAUUGUAUUUCUGCACAUACUGAUAUUUUGUGCUAUGUCAUCGCUGUGAUAGGUCAUGCCCGUUGUGGUGGAAUUAUUUCUCUCAUUCUGCCGAUGCUCGUUUUCUUGUGGGGAACGUUAGCUACGCCGAGACCACCAAGAAUCUUUUGGGUCGUUCUUAUCGGUUAUACGCAGCUUUGUGUGGUCACCAAAUUUAUAUUCCAAUUUGGCUUUUUCCCUUGGAAUAGAACAAGUGUUCACAUUAAAAACGAAAAUGCUGUAAGUUCGUGGCCAGGUAUUCUCGGCGUGCGGAAGGAGGAUUUUUAUGCUUUUUGGGAUGUAUGGAUUUUUUCAGCUCUUUUCUUCCACCGCUAUGUUUUGCGUAAGAUGGGUCUGUGGAAAGACGCUGCAUCUAGCGAUGAGUCUUUUGUCGAGGAUGCUACAACUAGUGGAAAUCAUCAUGUAACCGAUCCUGAAGGGAUUCAUUCUGAAAUUCAGCACCCUAACAUGUCUCCCACUGGUGACAGUGCUUCUGAAAAUGCUGAGGUGCAGGAAGGCGCGCAACAGGAAAGUGAGCUUGUGGAAAAAAAGCAAGUUGUUUUUGAUGAUCUGCUUUUACGGUUCGUUUCAGAAGAUCGUUCAACUGCUAAGGGUAACCGCUGGGUGAUAAGUCAGUUUAUCCACCAACUUUUCCAUCCCAAGUACCGGUAUAUCAGAGAUCUUUAUCCUUUUAUGUUCUUGCUUGACGUCCUCUGUUUCUUCAUAAUUGUAUUCGGGUUCUCAUCGUUUGGUUAUGGAGGUAGCGGCAGUGUAGUUAAGGAUAUUCAGUCAAAUCGAGUACCCAUAACUUUUGUUGUUAUGUUAUUUGUGUUAUCGAUAAUGAUUGUUAUUGAUCGGGCGCUGUAUCUGCGGAAAACUGUUUUAUGGAAACUUGUUUACCAAGUCAUUACUGUCAUAUUUCUCCAUAUUUACAUCUUCUUUGUGUUGCCGCAGAGUGUAACAUAUCAGCCAUCUUGGUUGAAUAAAACGGCACAGCUAUUAUAUAUAGUAAAAUGUAUUUAUCUACUGGUUUCGGCGUGGCAGAUACGGAACGGAUAUCCAUCUCUUUGCGUUGGAAAUCUCAUCACUCAUUCAUACGGCUUUGCCAACAUGAUUAUGUUCAAAAUAUUUAUGUGCAUGCCAUUUAUGUUCGAGUUGCGAACUUCUAUUGACUGGGCCUGGACAGAUACAUCGAUGCCAAUUUUCGACUUUUUCAACAUGGAAAACUUCUUUGCCACUAUCUACAGUUUGAAAUGCUCUCGUACUUACGAGCAGAACUUCCCAGCUAAACGAGGGGAAGCAAAGUCACAUACUGUCAAAUAUGCAAUGGGUAUUCCUGUUAUUCUUAUCCUUAUACUUAUUGUCUGGGCCCCGCUGAUUGCUUUUGCUUUUCUGAAUCGGAUCGGCACGGUGCUUUUGCCAGUGAGUGUUCAGAUGACAAUUAGCUUGGAAGGGUAUCCGGCUCUUUAUUCUAUUGAAGCUCAGGGAAUCGAACUGGAGAAUCUGACUCCGAGAGAAUAUCAAAUGCUUGUUGACAAUUUUUCUGAUCCAUACUCGGCAUUGGACCAAAAAUGGGUGUCACGUGCGCGACAAGCAGUUGCAUUUAUUCAUGAGUACGGCACAGGGGACAUACUGAAAAUUCGGUUCCGCCCGGAAUCCGAACAUUUUUGGUCAAUUUCAAGUGAUUCAUUGACAGCGAUGAAGUAUGAGCUGGAGAAGGAGAAUGAAACAGUCAAUGCUAUUGUAAAAUUAAAAUUUGAGAGGACACGAGCUGACGAGACAAAAGAGCCGAUUGUGCACUCGGGUCGAUUCUCAAUACCUCUUUUAAGUGGUAGCGAGACUCGAAGCGCUUUGGUUGAUGCGUUAAAUAAUAGUUCCAAGAGCAGAGAAGUUACGUUUUUGAAUGCACUACCUCCAUACGUAACCAUUCCUAACGAAGGAGAAAUCAAACCAACGUACGCGUUACAUUCAGUAAUGUAUGCCAACGCCGAUAAAAGUUCGGAACUUGCAUUCUCCAACCUUACUUUAACUCUUGGCGGAGAAGGCGAGUCAGGUGCGUUGUGGUCUUGUAAGCUGGUUGAGAAUGAAGUUACUCGCUCGAAGACACUACCUCUUGAUCCCAUAAAGUACGGAAGCAAUUCCACCGUGAAGUAUGUGCAAAUGGUUGCAUUCGUUGAUCGCGUUUUUCCAACAUUUAUUUCGAAGUUUGCCCAGGGCGGAAUAAUUGCAAUGUAUAUCGCGCUGGUUUUGUUGAUUUGGCAAAAGGUUCGUGGAGUACUUACAAGUCAGCCGCUGGAUGUAAUGAUCUCUGAAAUUCCAAAUCCAGAUCACCUGCUGAAAAUCUGCCAAGAUAUAUAUUUAGUACGUGAAGCAAAAGAUUUUGUUUUGGAACAGCUUCUUGUUCUUAUACGACAGUUAAACAGUGUUUGUUUUGUGCAUUACAAAUGUGUUUUACAGGAUCUUUAUGCGAAAUUGAUAUUUUUAUUCCGCUCUCCAGCAACGUUAAUUCGGUGGACCAGAUAUAAACCUAAAUCGGAAUAA